CCCUGUUUCACGUCAGAUACAUAACAAGACUGAGCGCAGGGAAGGGAGAGCAUAGUCAGGGAAUCUACAGAGCUGAACAGUACACAGAGUGCACAUCCCAAUUUGAAGACUGUAAUCUACUUGCUAGUUCACUUAAAAUGUCUCUCUACCCAUCUCUAGAGGACCUCAAGGUGGACAGAGCCCUGCAGGCUCAGUCUAACCAAGUUAUCCAGAGGCCCCAGGUUGCAGCCAUAAUGCCAGCCAGUGGGACAGCAACACCAGGUCUGUACCCCAACCUAGAGGAGAUCUCCAACUACAUGGGACUGUCACUAAGUGAUGAAGAAAUCAAGCUGAACAUGUCCCUAUUGCCCGUAGAGUCCAACGCAGUGGUGGUCCCCCACACUCUGGAAAAUGGAUUGGUGGCUCCAGUGACAGGAAAUAGUAUUGGGCUGAGAAGAGCAGAGAUCAAAGUCGGAAUCCGGGAGAUGAUUCUCUGCAAAGAUGAACACGGGAAGGUGGGACUGAGGCUGAAAGCUGUAGACAAGGGUAUAUUUGUACAGUUGGUGCAGGUGAAUUCUCCAGCUGCUCUGGUUGGAUUGCGGUUUGGAGAUCAGAUUUUGCAAAUUGAUGGUCAGAGUUGUGCAGGGUGGAGUGCUGACAAAGCUCAUAAAGCAUUAAAAAAAGCAGGACAAGACAGGAUCAGUCUGGUAGUGCGUGACCGGCCCUUCCAGCGCACUGUCACCCUACAGAAGGACAGUAAUGGACAUGUUGGAUUCAUACAUAAGAAAGGUCUAAUUACCUCUUUGGUAAAAGAUGGAUCUGCUGCCAGGAAUGGGUUGCUUACUAACCACUACCUAUGUGAAGUAAAUGGGCAGAAUGUGAUUGGGCUCAAGGAUCGUCAGAUUGGGGAAAUUUUGACAUCAUGUGGACAAUCAGUCACAGUUACAGUGAUACCUAGUGUCAUCUAUGAACACAUUAUUAAACGAAUGUCCUCAGGGCUGCUAAAAUCAUCCAUGGACCACUCUAUUCCUGAAGUAUGAGACAAUCCCCAAAUGGAAACCUUAUCUAUGGUGUUUGGAGCAGGAAAACAUGGCAAACUCCAGGAUUUAGGAUACAUCCUUUAUUACCAUUUGCACAUAGAGCACUUUGUAUAACCAACUCAAAUACUGCAUCAGCUCCCAAAUAAAACAGUGUGUUACACGGGCUGUUAUUACUGUAUCUCAGUACAGUAACAUUCAAAAUGAAAACAAUAUGGCUAAUUCAAAAUUUAAGUUAUUUCUGUACUUAUGUUUGUUUUGCUCUUCUUUGUGGCCCUAUUAUAUUUUUACAGUACACUAGUUCUCCCGCCCAUUUUCAUGUCGCUGCGAGGGCAGAGUUUCUCAGGAUUUAAGAUGGGACAAUUAGCAGUUUAAACAUUAUGGUUUACACAGAUGUGUUCAUACAAGAUGUUGAUCUUUGAACAAAGACAGAUGGACAACUGCUCCUAUCAAAAUUACAGAACUAAAUAUAUAGAAAUGUAUUUACAUUAAAAAGAUGGAUUUGAACAUUUAUAUGGAAAAAAUAAUCCUAUGCCUUGAAAUUAAUAUAUUAAACUUGUAUAUAAAAAACAACAAA